GAAAAGACCCCUCCGCGUCAACCUGUCAGGUACAGGUUGACUGAUCUUCCAACAUUGAAUGCUUCGCUCCGUUGAAAGGACCCAGCAUCAUGGAGCGCACUCCGCUGAGUGACAAUGUCCACAUGAGAGACUCAGAACAAGAUACCAGCGAGAAGAAAGCCGAAUUCUCUAUGGCUACCGCUGAACUUCCUCCAACUCCUACCUCCGCUGCAACUGGGCUCACUCCGUCCGUUCGCCGGACAUCGCUUAUACCGCUCCAAACUACACGAAAUGGACAUCCUCUCACACCCACAAGCUCGAACCAAAGGCCAAAUACGGGUCCCCACCUUUCGACCACCAUCCAAUUCAGUCCACUGGAACAGCGGUUGUCAAACAGAACCCGGAGAUGGCUACGCCGAUCUCACCUCUCAGAAGAACAGAAUAAUGUUGAGAGCCGCGCACGUGGACGACAAAACGAUCUCAACGAAACCCGCGAAAAGCUUCGCGAGAGAGAAGGCAUGAUUGAGGAACUGCAACUGGAACUGGAACUUCAGAGACAACGCGGGAUCAAUAUUGGGGAUGAGGAAGAUAGGAUCCGUGAGCUUGAGCGAGAAGUGGAGCUGCUUCGUGAAACGGUGUGUCUCGCUGAAUCCCGAUCAGAAGAUGGAGACGACAUGGAUCUUGAAUCGAUAUUUGAACCGGCCCCAGGAACUCCGACCCCAGGAACCCCAACACCAGGAACCCCGACCCCUCUCGACGGCUCAUCGACUGCUUUCUCCCUUGCGUGCGAACAAUCAUUAGCAGCAGAUGGCCCGAGACGAUGCAAGAACCUGGCUGAAAAGUUAGACGAUGCACAAGAUCAUGGACUGGAUUUGCUGGAAGCGGCCAAAGUGCAGAUCUCACACCUCACUGCUCUGGCGCAUGAAAGCGAUCAACGUAUCGAUGCGCUGUCCAGUCAAGUGCACGCAGAGGGGAAGAGACGGAUAGCUCUGGAAAACACCCAGGCCAUAUGCGAUCGCACACUGGACGAACGCACCAGGAAGAUCACGGAGUGGAAGGAAUACGCAAAAACAUUGGCACAAGAGCUGGCUGAUUCCGAAGAUACCAGGUCACGUCUCACCCACUGCGCCAAUUCUUAUCGGACUGAGAUCAAGGUGCUCGAAAACCUCGUCCAGUCCCAACAAGAUGUGCAUGAGAGUAGGCUUGACGGACAGCGGACUCUUGUGGAAUCUCUCCAGCAAUCAAAUUCUGACCUGGAACAGCAGGCCUCCGAUCUCAACACCAAGGUCCAGGAGCUGGAGAACCUGGUUGUAGAGCUCAAUCAGGAUUUUCAGAGAGCUGCGGACGAGAAAUGCGAACUUCAAUAUGAGAUCCGACUCUUAGACCAGGAUCGAAAGAUUGCAGACCUCGCCAAAGAGGAUGCCUUCGAGCAGGCAGAGAAGGCCGAACAAAAGAGGCGCGAGCUGGAGGAAGAGAUGGAAUCCAUGCGAAAUGAUAUGGCGUCCCUGCGAAAGGGGAUGGAAGCGACUGCCUCGCAGCUACGCGAUGCCGAAUCCGCCCACAUCACCGCGUCUCAUGCGGAAGAUGACCUCAAAGCCCAAAUCGAAAAGCAGAUCGACCGCGUUGCCGAUGCGCAGAAGCGAGCGUCGGCGACCGAGGAAAUCCUUAUUGCAAAGAUGCGUCAGGCUCACGAGGCCGAGAGAAAAAGGGGCGAACAGGUAACGACCAAGGACUCGGAAAUUUCCAUCCUCAAGGAUGCCUUGAAGAGCAAAAACGCAGAGAUGGAAGCCAAUGAGCGUAAAAUGGGCCAUCUUCAGGGUGCUUCGGACUCGCUCGCGCGUGAUUUUCGAGAGUCGCUUAUGCGAAAAGAUCAACAGUUGAAAGACGUGCAGGAAGCGCUUACCGAACAGACUCGCAUCGAUGCAGUCAAUGCUCAGAAGAGUAGGGGCCGGAUUGCCGAGUUGGAACAGACCAUCGAAUCCCUUAACAUGCGGCUGCGGGAAAUCGAGAAGCAAAACCAGGAGCUCGCGCGAACGGUCAGGGGCCGAGAAGAGCACAUCAGCGAGCAAGCAUCGGAAUACCUCCAACUGCAGGACCGGCUCCUAGACGCGGCACAAUCCUGGGAUCAGAUGCGGCAGAACCUCCAGAGUACCAUCGAUUCCGCUAACCGUGAGAUCCAGCACCACACCAGCCAGAUCCAAGUGUUCCAGGACGAAAAGGCGCGCGAAGCCAAGGAGCUGGAGACCCUCAAGCACCGCCUUGCCGAACGCGACCAGACUUUGGAAAGGAUGAUCUGCCGUCGUCAAGGGGUAGAUGACAAGAGGCGCCACACCAUGAACGAGGCUAUCAAGAAACUGGAAGAUGUUGCGCAUGGUAUGACGACGGGUGAGGAUAUGGAGCUCGCUGCGCUACUCUCCAACGGCUCGGGGAUUCCAGGCAUCGACAACGAUGGGCGCUCGACGCAUUCCACCGCGGUAGGGAGGAAGAGGCCACAGGCCUAUCCCGAAGCGAAUGAGAGACCUAUGAAACGGAGGAGUUCUCGAUCGCUUACCAUGGAGGGCUAUCACGAAUGAGCGGGAGGAGGGAGGAUUUGAUCUUUCGGAUAAAAUAUCCCUUCGCAAGCAUAGGAUGGUGACGAGACAUUAUGAUGGACUUAUGUAGCGGACGGUUUGGUUUCCAUUCUCUGCGAAUGGCACAGGUCAAUGUUAAUG